AUCCUAAUCUGGCUCCACAGUCAUGAAAAAUUAAAAAUUAAAAAACCAAAGAUGUUAUAAUAAUCAAAUGUGUCUGUUGUAGAGAGAGGAUUCCUGAAAUUCCUUGGUACAUUGAAACAGCUCCGUAAGUACCAACAUUAAAAUCAAUGACAAGCAAAACCAAGAUAUUUAGAAAAGGAUAAUGGUCUUUUUGUUUCUUCAGACUUCCUCAGUUGCCUCUAUCUAUGUGCUCGGGGACGAGGUGGAACUACAGCUGCUUUAAUGGAGGAAACUGCUCUGAAGUCAACAACACCUGCUCCUGCCUGCCUGGCUUUACAGGACAAUGGUGUGAGAAAGACGUGGAUGAAUGUGCCUCAGAUCCAUGCAUGAAUGGAGGCUUCUGCAUCAACUACGUGAACAGCUUUGAGUGCAUCUGUGACAUGAACUACUCCGGAAUUUACUGCCAAAUGGACGUCAGCGACUUCUACAUGUAUCUGUUCCUGGGUCUGUGGCAAAACCUCUUCCAGCUUGUGUCCUACUUGGUGAUCCGCCUCGACGACGAACCAGAAAUUGAGUGGGGAUUCAACAUGAAUGAUUAGACCAAUACCAUCUUUGUCUCAAAAUAUAAUACUUUUACUGGCAGGUACAG